AUGUCCUCACAUCAAAAGAUUGAUGAAAGUGAUAAAAGUGAAAUCCUUAAUCCUCAGGAAUUUAAAACUGCGGUUACGUAUGAUCAAGUCGAACCAUCGAAUGUUACUCAUUCAAAAUCUGCCCUUCAAUUGGAUGAUCAAUCACAUCUAAAUGGUCAAACAAAUUCUACCGCCAAAUUACAAUCUUGGAAGACUACUUUGGAAAAGGCUAUAAAUGCCAUCGUAUCUAUUAAGGCAAACUGCGUGAGAGAUUUUGAUACUCAAUAUUCUGGUGAAUAUUGUGGCACGGGAUUUGUGGUUGAUAAGGAGAGAGGAAUCAUUUUAUCUAAUCGUCAUAUAGUGUCGCCAGCUCCUAUUGUGGCUCAGGCCACCUUUAUAAACUAUGAAGAAGUAGAAUUGAAAUCAAUCUAUCGAGACCCGAUUCAUGAUUUUGGAUUUUUAAAAUUUGAUCCAUCAAAGAUUAAGUUUAUGGAUCUAGUUCAGAUCCCUCUUGAACCAGAAAGAGCAAAGGUCGGAAUAGAAAUUAGAGUUGCUGGAAAUGAUUCCGGUGAAAAAGCUCCCGAAUAUGGGAUCGGUUACUAUAAUGACUUUAAUACCUUUUAUUUUCAAGCGGCCUCCGGUACGAGCGGUGGAUCAUCGGGCAGUCCGGUGCUCGAUAUCGAGGGUAAUGCUGUCGCCCUUAAUGCCGGUUGUAAAGUCAAAGCAUCAUCUAGUUUUUAUCUUCCUUUGGAUAGAGCAAAACGAGCCCUUAAAUAUAUUCAAGAAGGAAAGCAUGUUCCUCGCGGAACUCUUCAGACAGAAUUUGAAUACACAUCUUAUGACGAACUUCGACGGUUGGGUCUUGGAUCAAGUAUUGAAAAAGAAGUUCGUGAGAAAUUUCCAGAUGAGACUGGGUUAUUGGUGGUUCGUAAGGUUUUACCCAAAGGACCAGCUGAUGGUUUACUAAUACCUGGCGAUAUCAUUAUUCGCGCAAAUAAAGAUAUGAUCGCAAACUUCAUUCAUUUGUUUUCCAUAAUUGACGAUUCAAUCGGAGAGGAUAUAGAGUUGACAAUAUGUCGUGGAAAGGAUCAAAUGGAUAUCAAAUUAAAAAUUCAGGAUCUUCAUUCCAUAACGCCAAAUCGGUUCGUUGAAGUAGGUGGUGGAAUAGUUCAUGAGCUUUCAUAUCAACUCGCUUAUUCUUAUUCACAACCCGUUGAAGGUCCAUAUAUAGCCUCAAGUGGUUUUAUGUUUGGUAAUGCAUCAGCAUGGAGUUAUAAUGUGAUCGAUAGUGUUAAUAAUAUCCCUACACCGAAUUUGGACGCAUUUAUUGAGAUCAUGAAAGAUUUACCGGACGGUGCUAGGGUAUCGUUAAGAUUUCAUGAAAUAUCCAACAUACAUAAGGAGAAGGUGGCGAUCAUGUAUGUGGAUCGAUAUUGGAACAAAUUUAGGAUUGGCGUUCGUGAUGACAAUACUGGGUUAUGGAAUUAUGAGGAGAUCCCCCCUCCUAAAACCAUUUAUUCAUAUAAGCCCGAUACGGCGCGAGUUCCGAUUUUAAACGAAUCAUUACAUCCUUCCGGAAAAGUUUGGCCAUCAUUUGUUAAAAUUGAAUGUUACUUACCGUACCUUAUUGAUGGCAUAACCUACUCGCGGACCAUCUUAAAUCCUUUUGGCGUAGGGGUGGUGAUGUCCACGGAACCACCUUUAAUCGUGUGUGAUCGAGAUGCAAUACCAAUAAGCAUUGGUAAUAUUUUUAUUACUUUUGCCAAUAGUAUUAUCAUACCCGGGAAAUUGCUUUAUCUUCAUCCAAUGUAUAAUUAUGCUUUUAUCACUUACGAUAAAACCUUAUUGGAAGAUACACUUGUUAAAGCGAUCGAGAUAAGUGAUAAAGAUUUGGAACAAGGGGAUCCCGUUUAUUUGGUAGGAUUUUGUGAGGAUUAUUUACCCGAGGUAAAAAAAACUAUUGUGUCAAAAAUCAUAAAUGUUAGAGUAACGGAACGUAAUCCUCCGAGGUGGAGAGCCAUCAACGUUGAGGGAAUUACGGUGGAUGGUCCCAUUACACAAGGUGGUGUGUUGUGUGAUGACGACGGAAAAGUACAAGGGCUAUGGCUAACUUAUUCUGCGCAGGAAAAUAACUUUAUAUGUGGGCUUCAAAUAUCUUUGGUAAAACCAACUUUAGAAUUGCUUAAACGUGGGGAGCUUCCAAAGUUACGUGGUCUCAAUGUCGAAUUUUGUACGAUGAAAAUAGUCAAGGCAAAAUUUCUUGGGUUAUCGGGUGAAUGGAUUAGAAAAUUUGAAUCCAUACCGAAUUCAAAAAAUAGCUGCUUGUAUAUUUUAAAUAUACUUGAUACAACAAGUCCCGCGGGGGAAUUAUUGAAAGUAGGUGAUAUCAUUUUGACGAUAAAUGGCAAUAUUGUAACGAGAAUGAGAGAUUUACCCGCGGCUUUUCAUUAUUCUGAGGAAUUAAUAUUUCGUGAUGGUAAAGAAAUUAAUGUUAAAGUAGGAACGACAUCAUAUGGAAAAGAGACAACACGGAUCAUAGGAUGGUCGGGUGCACUCAUUCAAGCACCAUAUAAAGCGGCAUUAGAACAAGUUAGAAAGGUACCAACGGGCGUAUAUGUAUCAGGUAAAAUGUAUGGAUCCCCGGCGGAUGCCUCAUUAAGAUCAGGAGUCUGGAUCGUUGAAAUCCAAGGAAGGAAAGUGAGCGAUUUGGAUUCAUUUUUAAAAGCUAUAGACGCGUAUGAACAAGAAAUGAAAGAAAAAGCUGAUGAGAAUGAUGGAUAUGUGCGAAUUAAAACUAUUGAUCGAACUAACGUUACAAAUGUUAUAACGAUGAAAUUAGAUCCGCAUUAUUGGAGUACUUGGCAACUAGUCGAAGAUGAAGAAUCAACCAAAGGAUGGAAAUAUGUUGAAGAUUAA